AGUAUUUGAGGAGGCUUGAUGAUGGACGACAGAACGAAGCCUCUGCAGCAGCUUCCCUGCGCGAUUUGCCGCAGACCUGGGUCGACGCAAUGCUGGGUACAACCCGCGAACGUAAUCGGCCAGCACUAACGAGAUUUCAGUGAAAGAGCGAAGCUCUACUGCUUACCCGUCGACUUCUAGAUGAAACUACUACUACACGCCGCCGAGAUAAAGACUAGACAGACUUGUUCGCAGCUCAGCACCUCCUGGGAUCAGAAAACAACAGCGCCGCCAUUGCGCAACGGGCAGGGCACGUGAAGUAGUGCUGGCUUUUUUGCAUUUUGCUGU